AUGAAUGUGCCUCUCACCACCGCGGAAGUACCGCCCCAAUUUCUCAAAUCCGCGUUUCUCGUCGGACAUAUCCCCCAGCGUACUUUGGCAGCUGAACCGCGCGUGUCUUACACCCUGUACAUUCCUCCCACCCAUUACAAUCCGGACCCCAGCCGCGCCUCUCCCAAACCAAGCCCUUACGAAAAAGCCAAGCUUCCACUGCUGGUGAACAUCCAUGGCACCAGCCGCAAUAUUUCGAUGCGAACCGAGCUGGUUUCCUUUGCCGAAUCCACGCCCUGUGCUAUCCUUGCGCCACUUUUCCCCGCCAACAUCGACGGACCCAAUGAUCUCGACUCAUACAAGGUGCUGCGCUCAGCGACAUUGCGCUCUGAUCGUGCGCUUCUGGCAAUUCUAGAUGAAGUAUCUACAGUCUGGCCUGGAAUCGACACCGAGAAGGUUUUCUUGGCGGGGUUUUCCGGGGGAGGGCAAUUUGCGCAUCGGUUUCUCUACGUGCACCCGGAGCGAUUAGCAGCCGUGAGUGUCGGUGCGCCGGGAAAGGUUACGAUGCUUGAUGAGCAACUGGCCUGGCCGAGCGGGAUAGCUAAUGUUCAGGAGAUAUUCGGCAAGGGAGUGAACAAGGAACUUGUCAGAAAGGUGCAAAUCCAGCUAGUCAUUGGAAGUGAAGAUGUGAAGGUCCAUGGGGGGCGGGAGUUCUGGGAGUGGGCAAAGAAAAUGAUGGCGCAACGGAUGGCUGCGGAAAAGACUUCUGGGCAGGACAGCGGGACGGUGAAUACGGGAAAGCGAGAGGUGGUGAUGAUGGAUCAGGGACGAUCGCAGACGCUCCAGCAAUUGCAGAGCAGUUGGCAGGCAGAUGGCAUUGAGGCUCGGCUGGACGUGGUGGAUGGAGUGGCGCACAACUCCUGCAAUAUCCCCAGGGAAGCUGCGAAUAUUCGGGAAUGUAUAUCGGGAAAUGGCAGGCGGGAACUCAUGAGGCGGGGAUCCCCGUUCCCCGCAUGUGCUUCACUUUUAGCGCGCUUAUCAAUCACGUUGCCUGUCAGUCCAUUCACCAAGUAUCUCGUUCUCCUCUAUAAGUUCCUCUAUAAAUACCUCCAAAUAGCUGUUGUCCGAAAGUACUGUAUUAUAGCGCCCUUACAGUUGUAUGACAAGAACUCUACCAUCGGUUAA